UUCAACCCUUCAAUACAUUACUACAUAACCCCUCUUCUUCCACUUCAAUAGACAAAUCUCUCACAGCCACCUAACGGAAACAAAACAAAACAAAACACCACCAUGCCCCUCGUCAUCCCCGGCAUCAACAACACCAGCGGCGGCUCGAGCCAGGAUGACUGGUCGCACAAACUAAUGGGCAAGACCGUCACCGAGGGAUCGAGCGACGUGAACUCAUUCGCCAAGAAAGACCUGCCGGAGACUCAUCGGAUCGUUAAGCCGGGUGAUGCGACGACCAUGGAUCAUAACCCUGAUCGGUUGAAUAUCCACGUGGAUGAGAGCGGGACGGUCCAUAAUGUUAACUAUGGUUGAAGUGCUGGGGUGGAUCUCUGGAUGGGUGUGGAUGAUGGUUAUGAUUUGUGUUUGCUCGUUGCGGCGGGCUCAAUGGUAUGAUGG